AUUCAGCCUCUGGCCUUUCUUCUGAGACUAAGAAGUGUGCUGGUUAUUGAUGGCUUUUGUGAUUAGGUUGCCUGGCUACUGGGGAUUGAUUUGAUGCCCCUAAACUCAUUUCACACAAUUUAUGGAACAGCCAUCAGAUAGUAACAAUGUUCAGACAUUACCAACCUGGACAGGAUUUGGCAUAGUGACCUAGAAGUGGAAGUUUCUGACAGUGUCUGUCUCAUUAUCAGUCCCCUUUUAAAACAUCUUGCUUUGCUGGUCUGUGGAAUGAUGGAAAGUGCAUGGCUUUUGGACCUAAUGGAAUCUAGGCCCAUUAAUUCUCAUCUCAUUCUCAAUAUGUGAGAAUGGACUUCGUUUUGGUUCCAAACUUGUUGCAAAGAUAGGUGCCAAAGUUCUGCUUGGAAUACUACCCAGCAUGACUGCCUCACAUGGCCUCCUCUGAACUGUUGAUGUUUAACCUGACAUGUGAGAUCCAUGCAUUGAAGUGUGUUCUAGUACAGAAUGAAUUGUGACUGGAUGUCUCCGGAUUGGUAACAGCAUUUCACUGCUGAGUUGCAACUGUCCACAGCAUUCCGCAACAGCUUGGUAUCCUAUAUGAAAUGCAUUUGGUGUCUCAGUCCCGUUGCCAGAAAGGGGUGCACAGUUAUUCGCUACACAGCUCCAUGGAAGAUGAUGUUUUUCGCAGACUCCUUUGGCAUCAGGUCCCUCCAGACCCCAGCUAGAAAGCUCCUGGAGCUGCUCUUUGACUAUAAAAUUGAAAAGAAACCCCUGCUGUUUCAUGUGUUCAGCAAUGGCGGGGUCAUGCUUUACCGCUACAUCCUAGAGCUCAUCCACAUGCACGGGCAAUUCAGCAGCCUCAAGGUGGUGGGCACCAUUUUUGAUAGCGCCCCAGGCAGAAGAAACAUGACGGGGAGCCUGCGUGCCUUAGCAGCUGUCUUGGGAUCAACUAAUGUGCUGCUCAAGUAUUGCCUCCUGCUUGUCUUCGCCAUCCUGGUGGUGGUGCUGCGGAUCCUGCUGUAUCCAGUGACUCGCUUCUUCCAUGAGACCCAUUAUGACACCCUGCUGAAGGGGCCUUCGAGGUGGCCCGAGCUCUACCUCUACUCCAAGGGUGACAGAAUCAUCCUGGCCAGUGACAUAGAGCACAUGAUUGAGGCACGGCGACAGCACAAUGUUGCAGUGAGAGCUGUGGACUUCUCAGACUCUGCUCAUGUGAGUCACUUGCCGGCAUAUCCCUCCUAUUACAUGAGCCUCUGCACCUCUUUCAUGUAUGACUGCGCUGGAUGCUCCUAGGGUUCACCAAGGCAGAGAUAGCAAGUGCCUGUGUAAAGACCCCCAGCAGAUGCUCCCUCUUUUCUGGGAUCACACCAGAAACAAACUGCGCUUUCUGUCUCUCUUCCUCUCUUUGCUCACAAUAAAAUCCUGACCCCACCACACUUCCCCAGAGCUUGGAGGCACAGAAUUGCUGAUUUCUAGGCAUCUAGUACACAGCUGGACGUCUGAAGCCUCCAAAUUGGUUGUUGGGCUGGUCAGAGGUGAUGGUGCUAAGUAGAGUCAAGAGAGUCCAAAUGAAUAUAAGUUACAUAAUAGGGGUAAAAUCCUGAUCCCACUGAAGUCAAUGGGAGGUUUGCCAGGAGCUUUCAUGGGGGUGGACUUUAAUUCACUCCUUUCUCUGGCCUCCUAUAGUGAAUGUGACUGGGGAGCACUACAUCCCUCUUCUUAUACCCUUUUCCUCUUUCCCUGCUGCCCUCUGCUUUGUAGUCCUGGGCGUGUAAUUUACAUCACCAUCCACUCUCUAUGUUGUUACACUGGAGCAAUUCUGACAGGUUUCAGAGUAGCAGCCGUGUUAGUCUGUAUUUGCAAAAAGAAAAGGAGUACUGGUGGCACAUUAGAGACUAACAAAUUUAUUUGAGCAUAAGCUUUCAUGAGCUGUAGCUCACGAAAGCUUAUGCUCAAAUAAAUUUGUUUAGUCUCUAAGGUGCCACAAGUACUCCUUUUCUUGGAGCAAUUCUGUGACAUCCCUAGCAGCCAGGGCUCUCCACUUAGCCUAGGUUUUGUUUUUUUUUUAAUCUGCUGCUUCCUCCGGCCCACCGUUGAGUCAACUGAAGCUCUGCAGUGUCACCUCAUUCUCCCACUCCCCCCACUCUUCUAUUUACACCUCUCUGCUCCCAGCUGUGCAUAUAGUCACAUUGAGGAGGACAGAAUGAGACUCUUGGCAGAGCCUUUAAUAGGGCAGACCAAUGCAGGUCCCUCCCUGUCCCCGCCCUCAAGGCACUGCACCUCAGCCCUACUCCUAGCUGGAGAUCAGCUACAGCAAUCAAACACAGUGUCUCCCAAAGGCCAGUGCAGGUAACUGUGCCCCAGUGUGACAGCCUGGUUCUAUUUAACAGGGCUGGGGCAGAAUGGCCAAGGGGCUGCUCCCUUGCUGGAUUGCUCAAAUCCCUGUAGCUGAGUUAAUUUAAAGCUUUAUCUGUGAAAUAUCUAACAUGUCUCAGGGUCUAGUCUUUGUUCCUCUCCCCUGACGCUUCCGUCUCAUUGCUAAAAUCGUUGGGUGAAUAGCUAUGUGUCGCUGUGUAGAUUUACCGGUCUUUUAAGGUGUGUGCCCAGGAGUGCAGGGAGGUCACUUUGAGUAUCUGUAACCCCGAGUUCUGUCUCACCUCCUGUGCCCAAAUUUCCUGGGUCUUUCAGAAACUGCUUUCUCUUCGAUCCUCUAGGGGAGAGCCUCCAUUACCAACUAGCAUCAUUGCUCACAUUCCAGAAGAUUUGUUGACUAAUCUACACACGUGAACACUUCAGUGUGUGUUGCUUACUCCCUUUACAGAAGUUUUUGAUGGGAUGACCCAAGCUAGAAAACAUCCUGUUUUGGGUUUUCUUCUGUGGAGGGGGAGUGAGGGGUUAAAGUAGGGGAAGGACUAUACUACAAUCUACCAAGGGUGAAUUGGUUGAAUUCUAACUGAUCUGACUUUCUGGUGUUCAUGGUUCCUGGCUUUUUUGGGAGGUAGGGGGUAGAAUGAAUUAUAACCCUGGAAAAGCCUGCCACUUUCCAGCACAGCAUGAUCUAAUCUGGGGCCUCUGAAAUGAUGCUAGUCCCUGGAAGGUUGCAGUGCCCUGUGGACACCUGUACAGCUGCCUGAGGACAUAGCUCGUCCCUGUGGUUUUCUGUGCAGCCUCCCCUCCUGCAUACAGCAAUCAUGCUGGCUACGGGAUGUUCACGAGUUGCUCCCCCAGCAAGAGCCACUUUGUAAUGUCAGAACUUUCCUCCUCUGCAACCCCACAAAUGUGAAUCGGAGCAGAGUAGUUACCCUGUCACUUCACUGAGGGUCCAGUAGCAGGGUUGGGAGGAAAUACUUAUUCAAAUGCACUUGAAAUGGGGAUUUAGAAAUGUAUUAAUCCCAUGUUUAAUGUAUUUUACUAUCUGCCUCGGUCUGCAAGCCGAAACAACAUUCCGACUGCAGCUAUUUUCAGCUUCCCAAACAGCUCAGAGAGGCCCUACAGAAGAACUGGGGAGUCCUAAGUCGUCUUUUGACAAGUACAUGACUGUUUGCAUAUUUCCUGAAUCUCCUCUGUUAAACUGACCCCAAAAGCCUAACACUGUGAUGAGGAAUUAAAGAUGAACGAGAAAAAUAAAAUGUCAAACUUACAAUGA